AUUAAGCGUGGUAAAAACUCUAUUUGAGAUUUGAUUCAUGUUUUGUGUACUGUCAGACGAAUAUUAAUAAGAGAAACUGGGAAAUUUAAUGAGUAAUGAUGCAGCGAAGGUUUUAAAAGAGCAGAUGAUAUAUGAAUUGGAAACGUAAUGAUACUCAAAAUGGACGUUUUUCCUGGUUUGUUUUUGUUAUUACUGACAUUUUUCUCGAGUUUCAAAGAAUAUGAAGCUUCCAACGGUACAGUCCCUGGUUCCUUUGGCAAUGUGCAUUUUAGGAUUGAGAAAAACCCCAAAACAAAGAAAUUACACAUCCGUUUUGAUAGACCAAAUCCAUUUGGUUCUGACAAUGUGGUGACUGUGACGCUUGGUUGCGAUAAUUUACCUGAAGUGCAAAAAAAUUACACGACUCAGAACAUCACGGGUGCUCGAAUCACAAUUGAUGAGCCUUGUGUUGAGAUCUUGCGCUGCUCUAUUCAAGCAUCCAAUUCGGUUGGGAAUGGAAUCAAACUUGUUAAGCUAUUUCAGAUCAAUGCUAAGUGCGAAUCACCACCAGAAUCAUUAAGCAAAGAAAUUAUUAUAGCAAUAGGUUUGUCUGGUGGAUUAGUCUUGAUUUUCAUACUGGGACUGUUUAUGUGUAAGAAGUGGAGAAUUGACGAAACAAGAAAACAGAAAGAAUGGAUGGAGCAAAUUAUGAAUGCAAACAGAAAAGGAGACGAAUCGUGGCAACCUUUUACACCACAAAACAUGUAUGUUGAUGCAAGCGAGGUUGCAGAAGCAGUUCUAACAGCGUUAAAACAAGGAAGGCUGAUGCAGUUUGAUAAGCAAACAGAACAUAUUUACGACGAAAUAAAGUUUACAAAUUAUGAAUAUCCACGAGAGAAAUUAAAAUUGUUGAAAAGAAUUGGCGAAGGGAAUUUUGGCUGUGUCUAUAAAGCAGAGGCAGAAAACAUAAAAGGCAGUCAUGGUAAAUCAACAGUUGCUGUCAAAGUCUUGAAAGAUAAUGCAAAAGACAAGGACAAAGAAGAGUUCUUGGAAGAAUUGGAAUUAAUGAAACAGCUGCCGUAUCACCCUAAUGUUGUACAUUUUUUGGGAUGCUGUACGAAAAAAGGUGAACCGUUGAUUAUUGUGGAGUUUCUUCCUUGUGGCGAUCUAUUGGAUAUUUUGCGAAGACCAGAAUCUCAAAAAAGUUCCAACUCGUUUUUACAUGAAUCAGACUUUAUCAACUUUGCACUAGACAUUGCAAGAGGAAUGGGUCAUUUACAUGCUUGCAAGGUCCUUCAUCGUGAUUUAGCCUGUAGGAAUGUCUUAAUUGCAAACAAUGGUCGCUGCAAAGUAUCUGAUCUUGGUCUUGCCAGAUUUGUUGGUGAAAACAGAACAUACCAAAGCGUAUCGGAACGUUUGCCAAUUAAAUGGAUGGCACCGGAAUCUAUUUUUUACAGAACAUUUAGUUACAAAACGGAUAUUUGGUCAUUUGGCAUCACUUUGUGGGAAAUUAUCACAAAAGGCGAAAAACCAUAUCCUGGGCAUACUGGAAGAGAGGUUGGAGCUUUAUUAGAUCGAGGAGUACGCCUUCCACGACCUUUUCAUUGCAGUGAAGAACUGUAUCGUUUAAUGGCACAAUGUUGGCAGGACGAACCAAGUUCCAGGCCUAGUUUUCGGCAACUUGAAUACCUACUAAUGGAAAUGAGAAAGGAAUCGAACAAAUACCUCAACAUGUCAUAUUAUCAGGAAAAUGAUUAUGGUCAAUCAAGGGGAAGAAGCAUUUAUUCCGCAGGACCAUACGAAGUUAAUCGUACUGACUUCAACUGGCGAAUGUAGAAGGUGACAGAAUUUUAAAUGUGUUUCUGGACAGUUGUAAAAUUAUGAGCAUUGUAACAAUUGUGCUUGUUAAAUUGCUAUUUAUGAAUCUCUUGUCUGUUACAAAAAUUCUAUAACUUAUACUCUUCUUAAGUAUUAUUUUAUCGUGACAAAUGAACCUUAGAUAUAUCAAAAAAAAAAUUCUAAAACUUUCAUCAAGUACUCUUUUUAAUUAAGAAAAAGGAAAAGUUAAUAGUCAAUGAGAGUUGGCCAAAGUUAAAUGUUUUUAACCGUAUAAGUUGCAGAAAAAGUUGUGUCAAUGAUCAGUUUUUAGAUCUCUGUAACCUAAUUAUAAUGGUCUGUGUCGAUAUUUUUAUACAUCAACGGUUUUGGUAAAUCAUACCAUUAUAAUAUGGGUCUAUACGUAAAUAAAUAAUAUAAAUUGUAAAUAAAUUUUGCUCACUCUGAGUAAACAUCUUUCUGUCGUAUUGUUAAAUACGAAUCUUGUCUCCGA